GACGAAAUGGGUCACUUUUUCCAACAGUGUACGCCUCUUUGAAGGAAAUCUGUGCAGUUUUCAACCAACGUGUUUGACAAAUUGUCAAAAUUGCGAUGUUGUCAAACAAAACGAGCAGCAAUAAAAUUUCCACAAAAAAAUCUAAAUGAUUUUAUAAUUAUAAACUUUAACGUGAAUCUGACUGUGGAAACUGGAGGUAAAAACAAAAUAAAGCGUCAUUCCAAUUCUGUACUUCGAACUGAACAAACGCAAAUGAAAGGACGGUGAAGCGAACACCCGUCACAACCAUGAAGAUCUGCCGGAUCUGCAUGCAGGGCGACGAGGACCGCCCCCUCCAGUCAAUCUUCUCCGAAGUCGACCGCGUCCACCUUGCGGAAACGGUCGCCGCCAGCUGUUCGCUCGUGCUCGCCGCCGAGGACGACGGCCUGCCCGGGCAGAUUUGCGCGCCGUGCGUGCGCGACGUCCAGCAGGUUGCGACGUUCCGAGAGCGGGCGCGCGAAUCCGACCGCAAGCUGAGGCAGGUCGGUGCGUCUGGUGGAGGCGACUUUGAGGUGGUGGUCGUCAAGACGGAAUCAAUUGGGGAGGAUGACGAUGAUCGGGAAGGCUUCAACUUGGCGCAAUCCGAGUCGGAUUCGGAAGAUGAUAGGCCACUGAAGCGACGGCGACGAGCGAAGACGUCGAGUUCCGACGAGGAGGAGUUUACUGUGAUUAAGGUCAAACGGAAAAGUAAGCAAGUCGAGAGCGAUUCCGAGGACGAGCUGGACGUCAAAACGCUGUCAAUGUUCGAGGAGGUUACCCUGCCGGAAAGUAGCUAUGUGUGUUGUAGCUGCUACAAGCACUUUGACAGCGUGGCCGCGCUUGAGCUGCAUGUGGAAAUUCACAAACGACACGUCGUUAAACGGACUGAUUGCAUUUAUUGCGAGAUCUGCAAGCGGAAAUUUAAGAAAGAGUCAGCGCUGAACCGUCACGUGGCCAAGGUUAGCGCGCUCACCAAGCUGUACGAGUGUGUGCAAUGCAACGUUCGUUUCAUGAACGCCGCUGGACGGCGAAUGCAUGCCCAACGGCAUCCGCAGAAGAUUGAGGAGAAAAUGAAGCAAGAAUUUGGCGAGAUUUUUUGUUGCGUUCAGAAUUGCUCCAAGUCGUUCACUUCCGAGCAGUUGCUAAUCGAGCAUGGCCACGAGGCUCAUCGGAUCAACAAGCAAGCGUACGAGCUGGAAGACUCAACGCUGAAACCGAUCGAAUGUCCGGUUUGCUUCAAAAAGUUCGCCUCUGAACAGUUGCUUAGGCGGCAUCGUCGACGAAACUCGCAACCCUUGAACCAUCAAUGUGCCACGUGUGGUCUCAAGUUCCGCACCAAGGACGUCCUGUCCUUUCACGAGCUGAACCACUCCGAAAAGAAGCCAUUCCCGUGCGAAAUCUGCCAAAAGCACUUUUCCAGCAAAAAUUCGCUCAAAGUCCACCAGCGUAGCCACUCGAACGAUAAGCCCUUCAUUUGUUCGACCUGCGGAGCCCGCUUUUACCAAAAGGCCCAACUCGUCACCCACGAGUACACCCACCAGGAUGGACCGCUCCCGUUCCGGUGUGAAACCUGCUCCAAGUACUGCAAAACGAAGAACGCCCUCCGCAAUCACAUGCGCCAGCACACGGGCGAAAAGCCGUACCCUUGCCGGCACUGUUCAAUCUCCUUUUCGAACCACACGAACCGCCAGCGGCACGAGAUGAAUCACACCGGGAACAAGCCAUUUGCGUGCUCCUUCUGCGAUCGGAAGUUUACGAUCAACCGGCUGAAGCUGGAGCACGAGUGCAAACACACCGGCGUCAAGCCGUUCAAAUGUAGCUUCUGCGAGAAGUCGUUCAUCCGGAAGCGGUUCCAGCUGGACCACGAAGCUACCCAUACAGGCGAGAAACCGUACCGCUGCGAACUUCCGUCCUGUAAUCGAACGUUCAGUCAGCAGGCACCGCUCAGGAGGCACAUGGUAACACACCGGACGGAAGGUAGUGCGGAAUUCUUCCCAUUGAAUCAACAGACUCCGAAUGUAAGCAUACUGCCGUCUUCGUCGUCGGUUUGAUGAUCAAAAACCGGUACUUUAACUGAAGAGUUUGUUUGUCUACGGUAGAACGGUAAAGAAAGCCAUUUGAUUCUUUC